UUGGAGGAAAGAGAAAGAGGGGGGAGAGAGAGGGGGGCACCUUUGCGAGCGUGAGAAGGCUCUUGGAUUCUUCGUUCCGUCCCCUCGGUCGGCAUAGGUUCGGAGGCCCCCGUCGUUGCUUGGAUUUACGGUUCCUGCCACCCCCUCCUCCUUUCCCUUCCCUUCGCACAGACGCACGCACACGCUUGCCCGCACACACACACACCGAAAGAGAAGUUUGUUGGAAGGGAGGUGAGAGAGAGAGAGAGAGAGAGAGAGAGAGAGAGAGGGGCACGAGAAAAGGUGAAGGGAAGGGGAGAGGAGGGAAGGAGGGAGGAAGGGAUAAAAAGAAAAGGAGAAAGCCAAAAAGGAAAGUUGCUCUUGGUGCUGCUGUUGCUGUUAAUGGUGGUGGUGGUUCGUCCUUCAAAGUUGAGAUUUUUUUCUUUCUUCUCAGCGUUUUGCGGAUUGGUCCUCUGUCAGUCAAGUAUUGGGAAAUUUCGGGGGGCGAUUUUCUCUUCUGGGUUCUGAUCCAUUCUCUCUGGCGUUGUUCGUCUGCCUUUUGUUCUCUUCUUUCCCCCUUUGAGAAGCAAGAGGCUUGAAGGGUUAUGCUCCAGAUUUGAGUUUCGUGUGGAUAUUUAGAUCUGAGCCCAAGCGGCGAGUUGUCCUGUGCUGAGCAAGAUGUGGAACUGGUCGUCUCUGUGAUUACUUUGAGGUAUGGAUUGAUUUUGUCUUUGAUUUCCACUGUUCAUCUGCUUCCGGGGAUUGUUCAAGACAUGACCUUUGUGUGAAAGGAUGAAUCUGUGCUCAGUAUUUACGUAUGCCUGAAACAAAGACGCUCAAAUCUGAUUGAAUUUGGUAUAGUACGGAUAUGGACCUGAAAGUCCUGACUUCUCCUAUAUUGGGUCUGUUUUGAAGACCAGAUUUAGCGUUUCUCUCUCUUGUUUGUGAUGUGAAUUUCCAUGUAUGGAGAGGUAUACCAUCAUGAAAAGUCAAUAAGGAAAUUUUCUUGUUGGGUCCAGGUCGGUGGGAUAGAAAAAGGUUCAAUUUUUCUGAGCUAUGGAGGAGGUGGGAGCUCAAGUAGCAGCUCCUAUGUACGUCCAUAGUGCUCUUCCUAGCAGAUACUGUGAAGCCCCUCCUAUGGCAAAGAAGCGUGAUUAUCUUUAUCAUCAAUAUCAGCCUGAGCAAAUGCAACAGCAGAUUCCCCAGAUUCAAGAUCUCAGAGACAAUUGGAGCCCCAGUUCCUGGAAUUGGGACAACGUUAGUUUUGUGGCGAAGCCGCUGGAAUCUGCGAUUUUACGGCCUGGCAUGGCCACGGCUGAGCAUAAGAAUAAAGAGAGGGCUAAUGGGUUGGAAAAGAAUGGUGUUGGAGAUGAAGCUGACGAGAACUUGAGGUUGAAUCUGGGCGGUGGUUUGAAAUAUGUGGAGGAGCCGGUGUCGAGGGCCCCCAAAAGGGUGCGGUCUGGGUCACCGGGUGGUAACUACCCAAUGUGUCAGGUGGACGACUGUGAUGAAGAUCUUUCGAAUGCCAAGGACUAUCACCGGCGCCAUAAGGUUUGCGAGCUCCAUAGCAAGUCUGCUAAAGCCCCGGUGGGGAAGCAGAUGCAGAGGUUUUGCCAACAGUGCAGCAGGUUCCACCCCCUGUCCGAAUUUGAUGAGGGAAAGAGAAGUUGUAGACGCAGGCUUGCUGGUCACAAUCGCAGGAGAAGGAAAACACAAGCAGAGGACGUUAAUUCGAGGCCUUUAGUCCAUGGAAAUCAAGAGAGCACUGCUCCUGAAAAUUUAGAUAUUGUCAACUUGUUAGCUUCUUUAGCUCGCCUCCAAGGGAAAACUGACGAGAGGAGUGUCAAUAAUACGUUGGUUCCUGACAAAGAGCAUAUUAUGAAGAUUCUUAGCAAGAUGAACUCCUUGACUUUGCCGAGGGACCUUGCUGCUAGGCUUUCCACUUUCAAAAACUUGGAUGGGGCAGUGAUGGGGCAAACAUCUUCAAAGCAUCAGGAUGGAUCAAACCAUGAUAUGUCCUCACCGUCUACUAUGGACUUGCUUCAAGUGCUUUCAGCCACUCUUGCUUCAUCUGCUCCAAAUGCACUUUCGGCUCUAUCUCAAGGAAGCAGCCAAAGUAGCGAUUCUGAUAGAACUAAGAUGAAAAGCCCUGACCCGUCCACUGGUGCCGUCAUGCAGAGGGGUAUUGUUGACUUAACUUCAGUCAGAGGAGAGAGGAGCAGUUCCAGCUACCAAUCUCCAGUUGAAGAUUCAGAUUGCCAAAUCCAAGAAACGCGGCCUAAUCUACCAUUGCAGUUAUUUAGCUCAUCACCCGAGGAUGACAGCCCACCGAAAUUAGCAACUUCUGGGAAGUACUACUCUUCUGACAGCAGUAAUCCUACUGAAGAGCGAUCUCCAUUGUCUUCUCCUCUGAUGGUGCAGAAGCUGUUUCCCAUGCGGACCUUGAAAGAAGCUAUUGAACCUGAGAAGAUGUCAACCGGCAGGGAGAUAAAUGGGAGUGUUGAGCUUACUCAGAAUUGUGUUCAUACGGUGCCUCUUGAGCUCUUUAGGGAUUCUGAUAAAGGACCUGACUGUGGCCCGUAUCAAAGUUCUCCAUAUCAGACUGGUUAUACGUCCUCAUCUGGGUCCGACCAUUCGCCUUCUAGCUUAACUUUGGAUUCCCAGCUGGAUCGGACAGGCCGGAUAAUGUUUAAGCUAUUUGACAAGGAUCCCAGUCAUUUCCCUGGGACAUUGCGGUCACAGAUCUUCAAUUGGCUUUCUAACAGUCCUUUGGAAAUGGAGAGCUACAUAAGACCUGGUUGUGUGGUUCUUUCUGUCUAUAUGUCAAUGUCAUCUGCUGCUUGGGAGCAACUUGAAGGAAACCUGCUCGAGCGCCUUCAGAGUUUGGUUCAAAAUUCAGAUACCGACUUUUGGAGAAGUGGAAGAUUUUUAGUGCAUACAGGCAAAAAGUUAGCAUCACAUAAUGGCGGAAAGCUUCACCUAUGUAGAUCCUGGAAAACUUGUUCUCCGGAAUUGGUGUUGGUAUCUCCAUUGGCCAUUGUGGGUGGGCAAGAGACUUCACUUUUAUUGCGGGGAAGGAAUCUUGAUAAUCCUGGGACAAGGAUUCAUUUGACAUACGAGGGUGGAUAUAUAUCGAAAGAAGUCACUCAAGUGAGUAGUCAGGGAUCCUUCAAUGAAAUAACUGUGGGGGCUUUCAAAAUUAAUGCCGGGCUGCCCAAUGCUUUUAGUCGCUGUUUCAUUGAGGUUGAAAAUGGUUUCAAAGGCAACAGUUUUCCUGUGAUCGUAGCUGAUGCUAAAAUAUGCAAGGAAUUGAGAUCGCUUGAGUCUGAACUGGAGGAAGAGCCAAGAUCAAGGGAUGGCAGUCCAGAUAAGGCAAAUCAAGAUUCUGGUUGUCGGGUCAGCUCGAGAGCUGAAAUCCUGCAUUUCUUGAACGAACUUGGAUGGCUAUUUCAAAGGAAUACAACCUCUUCAAUGCUUAGGGAUCCUGACUAUUCUCUCCGCCGCUACAAAUAUUUGUUCACUUUCGCAGUGGAAAGAGACUGUUGUGCCCUGGUCAAGACACUCCUUGAUAUAUCGGUAUCAGGGUACUUAGAUGCGGAUGGUCAAUCAAGUGAGCCCGUGAAGGCUUUGUUGGAAAUUCAACUCUUGAAUCGGGCAGUAAGAAGAAAGUGCAGGAAAAUGGUUGACAUGCUUCUGCAGUACCAUAUAAUUACCAGCGAGGGCUCUGGCAGCAAGGGCUCUGGCAAAACAUACAUUUUCGCUCCAAAUAUGGAGGGACCUGGUAGUAUUACGCCUUUACAUGUGGCUGCUUGUACAUCAGGCUCAGUUGAGAUAGUUGAUGCCCUGACAAAUGAUCCACAAGAGAUCGGAUUAAAUGGCUGGAACUCCCUUCUGGAUGCAAAUGGGCAGUCGCCGUAUUCCUAUGCUGUGAUGAGGAAUAAUCACUCCUACAAUGAGCUUGUGUCCUGUAAACUUGCUGACAGGAAGAACAGUCAAAUUUCUGUGAUAAUUGGAAGUGAAAUGGAGGAAUUGCAGCCAUCAGUUGUGCAAGAGUCUGGCCAGUGUGCCCAGUCUCAGUUGAGUGCGGGCUCGUGCACGAGAUGUGCGGUCGCGGCAGCAAAAUAUGGUAGGAGAUUUCCAGCCUCGCGUGGGCUGCUUCAUCGGCCCUAUAUCCAUUCGAUGCUUCUUGUUGCUGCUGUCUGCGUCUGUGUUUGCCUUUUCUACAGAAAUUUACAGAAGGUUGGUUGUCAUGCUCCCUUCAAUUGGAAAGAUUUGGAUUAUGGUGCUAGUUAGGGAGUACAUCUACUAACAUAUAAGAGGAAGCAAAAGGAAGCUAAUGUAAAUAUGAAGGCAGACUGGAGUGCAUUUGUACCUGGAGAGGAACUGCUUCGUGAUGACUAAUGCAAGUGCAAGGUUUCAACACCCAUCAAGAAAUUAAGCAGGGUUUGGCAUAUCUGAAUUUGCAUACCCCUCUUUUAAUAAGCUGUGAUGUGAGAAGUACCGAGUCUUCUCUGACCUGGUGGUUCUGGAGAAUACUUGGACAUAGGAAUCAGUUAAAUUCUGUGUGUAUCGCAGCACGAGAGUAAUUUGGGAAUGAGAUGAGAGGAAAGAUGUUGGGCGAAUUACAACUGAAUAUAUGUGGCGAGCCGGACAAAAUGCGCUUUGCCAUAAUGCUGAAAUCGAGGGAGGAUGUCUGCAGAAUGGGGAUGAGCUAAAAAAUUCUUUAUCACAGAGGAAGUACUAAUGUGGUAAGUUAUAUGUUUGUUAUUUCUGUUCCUUUUUGGGUUUUUGGUUUCUGAUUUCUUUGACUCAUGGGUGCUAAACUAGCGAUGCCGACUCUGGACGAGUAACUGAGUUUGUUUUAACUGUAAAGUUGAUCACGACUCCUUAGGGCUGUUGAGAUUAUUGUAUUAUUUUAUUAGUUGAAAAUAUUUGUUCGGGUAUAUCUUGCAAUCUGCUGUAUUUCCUCCUGGCCUGUUCGGUCAUCACUGAAUCUCGAUGGCUUCCAACUUCGUUUGGGCGCUCGGUUUGGA